UUUCCAGCGACGGCCGCAACAGGAAGCCCUUUACCGGCCGAUUUUUGUUGUGGAUAACACCUAUCCCUCGUCCUUCAGGAGUAAAAUGUACUAUAAGUUCAGCGGCGUUACCCAAAAACUGACGGGAUCUGCUCCCACAGCCGCCUACAGCCCUCAGGGGCUGAGGCCAAACGUGCCAGCAGAGGCCCCAACCAUGAUCUUUGGCACACCCACCAAGGUGGUGUCAGAGGCCGGGUCCACGGUGGAGUACAUGGGAACAAACAGGGUUCCUGAUUUCCAGAGACUAUUCCAGACGUCAGACGGGAUCCCCAUUCACUUAAAGCGUGGCCUCUCCGACAGGCUCCUGUACCGCACCACUAUGGCUCUCACUUUGGGAGGAGCUGUCUACUGUCUGGUGGCUCUCUACAUCGCAGCCAAUCCCCCAAAAAAGUGACCAACACAAAAACCUCAGGAUGGAUCUUUUCUGUGACACCACUGACACGUCGCUGCUGUAUCGACCCGACAUUCCCAGCCACCAUCUGCCCUCGCCACGCCACCUCUUGGGACUCUAAUUACUGUCACAACGUCACAUUUAAUGAGGAUAAUGUCUUCUUUGUAAAAAAAAAAAAAAAAUGUCUAAGUUAAUAAAUUUUAAGGGGAAGCAAAGAA